AUGUUGAACACACCGUUGUCCAUCUUCAGCUCGAUAGAGUCUGGAGGCGUAUCUCCAACAAAAUUGAUGACAUCUUGCUCUUUGAACUUUGAACCAAAAGUAGAGUACGUCAACACCAGCAAGUUCAGCAGCUUGUCCACUGUAGCAGCCUUUGUCAAAAUUUCCACACUCAGCUUCUCCUUUUUGGCCUCGUUCUCCUCCACCAUAGACUCAACAGUGUUGAAAUACUCAUCCAAACUUAAACUGUUGGACGAGUAG